CAAACAGCUAAACUAACGCCACCUGAAAUUCGCUACCUGAUUUACAAGUUGCAAGCGUUUAGCGCAGUUUGCAGUUCGACCCAGCCGAUGGCGACGGUGUCGAGGAGAAGCGAGAUGACGAAGGCCACAUCAAGCAUCACCAUCCCCGUUUUGCUGUUGGGCUGUGGAGGCGUCGGCCGCCACCUUCUACACCACAUCGUCGCCUGCCGCGACCUUCACUCCAAGAUGGGGUUGGUCCUCCGAGUGGUGGGGGUUAGCGACAGCCGAUCUCUGCUCUUGGUGGACGAUGUUGCUACCGGGGGCUUUGAAGAUGCGUUAUUGACCGAGAUUUUCCGGCUAAAAUCCUCUUCAGGUUCAUCUUUUUCGGACCUUCAUGAUCUAGGACGUUGUCAAUUAGUUAAGGGUGCAGAAGUUACUACUAAUAUUAUCAAAGUUGCAGGUCUACUGGGAAAAUUAACUGGCUUAUCAGUUGUUGAUUGUACUGCUAGUCCUGAGACAGUGCACAUGUUAACUAAGGUCAUUGACUUUGGCUGUUGCAUCAUACUGGCAAAUAAAAAACCACUUACUUGCACAAUUGAGGAUUAUGACAGUCUAAUUUCAAACAUACGCCGUAUUCGAUUUGAAUCAACUGUUGGAGCAGGCCUUCCAAUAAUAGCUUCCAUUACUCGUGUACUUGGAUCUGGAGAUCCCAUCUAUCGUAUCAUUGGAAGUUUAAGUGGUACACUUGGUUAUGUUAUGAGUGAAAUAGAGGAUGGUAAGCUACUUAGUGAAGUUGUUUUAGCAGCUAAAUCCCUUGGGUACACAGAACCAGAUCCUCGUGAUGACCUUAGCGGGCUGGAUGUUGCCAGAAAGGCACUAAUACUUGCUCGACUUCUUGGAUGGAGAAUUGACAUGGAUGACAUACAGGUGGAAAGUUUAUAUCCGAAGGAACUUGGGCCAAAUUCAAUGUCCACGGAGGAUUUCCUUAGAACUGGCAUUCUUUCACUCGAUAGAGGUAUUCAAGAAAGAGCUAAUGCAGCUUCAUCCAGAAGUAAAGUCCUUCGAUAUGUUUGUGUUAUUGAAGGGUCAAGGUGUCAGGUUGGUCUUCAAGAGCUUCCAAAAGAUUCUCCAUUGGGAAGAUUGAGAGGAAGUGACAAUGUGGUGGAAAUCUACAGCAGGUGUUACAACAAAUCUCCCAUGGUAAUUCAGGGAGCCGGAGCAGGCAAUGACACUACAGCAGCCGGAGUCCUUGCUGACAUCGUUGACCUUCAAGAUCUUUUCCAUUGAGUUUCAUGCAUCUGUCGAUAGAAUCUGCCGUGGCCUUCAUGUUGGCGCAUUGAACUGUCAUUCUUAGGCACAUCUCGCUGACUGAUCUGGAAACACAGGGAUAUAAUAUGACUCUUGCCUGGAAAUUUUGCAAUCCAUAGUUUGGUUCUGAUUGUAGAAUCUAUGGUUGGAUAAACUUCGGAGAUGUCAAAAUAGGUCUACUUGGUUGGCAUUUUUCACUA